CCAUGCCCUUUCCAGAUUGCAUCUGCUUUGAUGGUUCAGCCUAAGCCAUGGAGACAGGAAACCACAGCUGGGGCACAGACUUCACCUUGGCUGGUCUUUUCCACUAUGGCCAGGUGGACAACUUCCUCUUCACAGUCAUCAUCAUCCUCUUUGCAGUAGCUCUGACUGGCAACAUCACACUGGUCCAUCUCAUCAGGCUGGACACAAAACUCCACACCCCCAUGUACUUCCUCCUCAGCCAGCUCUCCAUCAUCGACAUCAUGUACAUCUCCACCACUGUGCCCAAGGUGGCAGCCAACUUCCUGUCAGACACCAAGACCAUUUCCUUUCUGGGCUGUGAGAUCCAAGCCUUUGUGUUUCUGAGCCUGGGAGGCUCUGAAGCCCUCCUGCUGGGCUUCAUGUCCUAUGACAGGUAUAUAGCCAUCUGCCGGCCCCUGCACUACCCAGUGCUCAUGAGCAGGAAGAUGUGCUGCUCCAUGGUCUCCUGUGCCUGGAGCAGCAGCUCCAUCAAUGCUUUGGUGCACACUCUGUACGUGUUCCAACUUCCAUUCUGUGGAGCUAGGAUUGUUGACCACUUUUUCUGUGAGGUUCCAUCUCUCCUGCCGCUGGUGUGUGAAGACACAUCCCAAUAUGAGCACACAGUCCUCAUGAGUGGCCUUGUCAUUCUGCUGCUACCCUUCCUGGCCAUCCUAGCUUCCUAUGCUCGGGUGUUGGUUGUCGUUUUCCAGAUGGGUUCAGGGAAGGGACAGGGUAGAGCUGUGUCCACCUGCUCAUCCCACCUGACCGUGGCCAGCCUGUUCUAUGCCACCACUCUCUCCACCUACACCCAGCCACACUCCUUGCAUUCUUCUGGGAGGGACAAGGUGGUGGCUGUGCUGUACUCAAUUGUCACCCCUGUUCUGAAUCCAUUUAUCUACAGCCUGCGGAACAAGGAAGUCAUGGGAGCCUUGAGGAGACAUUUGGGAUGAUGGAUAUUG